AUUAUAAGAUGCGCGGUAAAACGAGGUAAAAUUUUACGACUUUCGCAAGUACCAUAUUUUCCAUCUGGUCGGCUCAGUCUCUUCCAACAAAUCAUUUUUCCGGCUGUCGGUAUUGCUGCCGAUCAGGAAACCAACAACAAUGGUGAGGAUUUCUCUGUGGAUGAUGCAUUGAUUAGUGGUAUCCUGAAUAAUUUGCAACUUUCCUGGAUAAUUGAACGCUGUGGAGGCCUGUACAGUCCGGUGGAAUUCGAGUGGCAGGACACACUAACACCAGGCGAGCAACAGCGGCUUGCGUUCGCUCGAGUAAUUUACCAACGACCAGAACUGGUAAUCCUGGACGAGUCAACGAGCAGCGUCGGUGUAGAUGUUGAGGAACGUAUGUACCAGCUGCUCACUGAGGUAAUUUUCCACUGUAAAAAUGCGAAGACCAUUUGCUUACGCUCUCCAAACUCGUGA